CCUCUUAUUCUUUGUUAUUAAAAUUUUAUUUUUGUUCACAAUGUUGCUUUAACUGUUAUACAUUUUCAGUUUCUUAUUUUUUGACAAAUUUUGCAGCACUUUGCUUUGUUGCUUGCUGAUUCCAAAUGGCCAAGGACCUGCAAAACCCAGCUGAAGAGGUUGUUAUUGGAGAAGAAAGGGGCCAUGUCAGAUUGAUCACCUUGAAUCGACCUCGUCAAUUGAAUGUCAUUUCUUCCAAAGUGGUGUCCCUCUUAGCACAAUUUUUGGAGAAGUGGGAAAAAGAUGAUGAUGCAGAGCUAGUCAUAAUCAAGGGAGCUGGCCGUGCCUUCUGUGCUGGUGGGGAUCUGACUAUGUUCUAUGCCGGCAGGACUUCAAAGGACGCCUGUCUUGAAGUGGUCUAUAGGAUGUAUUGGCUUUGCUUCCACAUUCACUCCUACAAAAAGACUCAGGUUGCUCUUGUGAACGGAAUUUCCAUGGGCGGAGGAGCAUCUUUCAUGGUUCCUAUGACAUUCUCAGUUGUCACGGAAAAAGUUGUUUUUGCAACUCCAGAGACGAGUAUUGGGUUUCACACAGAGUGUGGGUUCUCUUACAUGCUUUCUCAUCUUCCUGGGCGUCUGGGAGAAUAUUUAGCCUUAACAGGGGCAAGGUUGAAUGGCAAAGAACUUGUUGCAAUUGGGUUUGCAACACAUUUUGUUCCUUCUGAGAAAAUCAAUGAGCUGGAGCAACAUUUGCUGAGAAUAAACUCUGGUGACGAGCAAGCAGUCAAAGCUGGAAUUGAGGAUUUCUCCGUAAAUGUUCAGCUUGAUGAUGAUAGUAUUUUAAACAAGCAGUCAAUAAUAGAUGAGUGCUUUUCCAAAAUUUCGGUAGAGGAGAUUAUAAAAUCUUUGGAGACUGAGUCUAGCAAGGAAGGAAAUGCUUGGAUCAACAGUGUACUCGCAGGACUAAAAAAAUCAUCUCCUUUAGCAUUGAAGAUCACACUUAAAUCGAUUCGUGAGGGGAGAAACCAAACACUUUCUGAAUCCUUGAGGAAAGAAUUCAGAGUGACAAUGAAUAUUCUUCGAACUGCAGUAUCUGGUGACAUGUAUGAGGGUAUUAGAGCUCUUGCCAUUGACAAAGAUAAUGCUCCAAAGUGGGAUCCCCCAUCUCUAGACAAAGUGGAUGAUGAGAAAGUAGACUUUGUUUUCCAGCCAUUUCAAGAAGAACUGGAGCUUGCAAUUCCUGAGAUGGAAGAUUGCAGAUGGGGUGGGAAAUUUGAGAAUUCGGCAUACACACGUCCACAGAAUGUUUGACAAGUCAGAUCACUAUAUGGGCAGCAGCUAAAAUACAGAUUGUUUGACAAGUCAAAUCAAUAUCUGUGCAACAACUAUAAUAUAAUCAAUAAUAUUUGUCGAAUCUGUUGGCUAGCUCGAUGAUGGUAUUUGUCUUUAAUAUAAUUUCUGUACUAUUGUGAUUUUUAAAGGACAAUUCACGCGAUAUUAAUUUUUACUGAUUUUGUAA